AUGAAUACUAAUUUUCGAUAUAAAUUUCACAAAGUUUUCUUUCUGCCCAUUAAUACAAAUACUUACUGUAUAGGUAAUGUCAUACCAAUUGUGUGGGAGCUUAUUUUAAAAAGUGAUGGUUCAUUUACUCAAAAUUUAAACUCUCUAACAGGUCAACUGAUUCAAGUAGAAAUAUUAUCACUGUAUAAUAACAUUAAAGCAGAAAAUGAUUAUACAAUAAGAGAAGUCUGGAUAAAAGAUCAACAAGGUAAUAAAUUAGCAUUUGCAAAGUCUAUUUGGCCUUACAAUAUGAAAACAAAUUUAUUUAUUUUACCUACAGAUCAACCAAUAGGUCAAUCUUUAAUACAGUUUAAAGUAGAUAUACAUAAAGACAUACAUGAGCUUUUUUAUGGUUACUGUCAAUGUUUAGAAAAACACUUUAAUUACAAUGAACCUAUGUGGGGCAGAAAAUAUACUCUUUACCAUGAACAUAAACAACUUGCAACAGUACAAGAGAUUUUUUCUCCACAAAUACUGAAAUUAUUUCAUUCAACAACAUUAUAA